CAGAUGGGGGAGACGGAGACCUUCGCGUUCCAGGCGGAGAUCAACCAGUUGCUGAGUCUCAUCAUCAACACCUUCUACUCCAACAAGGAGAUCUUCCUGCGCGAGCUGAUUAGCAACGCCUCGGAUGCACUCGAUAAGAUCCGGUUCGAGGGUCUCACCGACAAGAGCAAGCUGGACGCCCAGCCGGAGCUCUUCAUCCGCCUCGUGCCUGACAAGGCGAACAAGACACUUUCCAUCAUCGACAGCGGCAUCAGCAUGACCAAAGCUAGUAAUUUCUCUUCUCUGCACCUUGUCGGGAUGACGCCGCCGUCCCGACGAACGCUCAAGCAUGGGCAUUUAGGAUUUAUGCUCUCAUGUUAUGAUGCUGAAGUUAGCUACGAUGGCUGCACUGACACUUUUCUGGCAAGGCACAAGGAAGAAGAAGAGCUUCUGAAUCUUUGUUUCUUCGAGGUUCAGACAGCUAUGGAAUCAGCUUUGGUAACUGCUAUGGCUCGCAUCAUGGGCAAGAAGGUGGCAAUUCUCAUCCGACGCAACAAGAACGUCAAGGAAAUAACUGAUAUUAAAGAGAAGAUGGAGAAGCUCAAGGAGUUGUUGCUGAUUGUUAACAUGGUGAUCCAAGAUGUCGAGUCCCGCCCUUUCACUUAUGAUGUGAAGAUCUUGUCAAGGAAGCUCAGGUACUUGGUCUACGAUCUCGAGGAUGUUGUGGAUUGCUAUGACACUGAAGUCUUGCGCAAGCAGAGAUCAAGAGCUUCUUUUAGGUCGGUGAAUGAUUUCUUCUCUUCUAAUAACCAAAUUUUGUUUAAGAGUAGGCUAGGCAGCAUGAUAAAAGCUGUAACAGAUAGUCUGGAUUCAAUUUUACUGCAAAAGUCAAAGCUUUUGAAUUUGUCACAAGGCAAUUUUGUGAUGGAAAAUCGACAUUUCUGUUGUUGUCAUCUUAGUGGUAAGUAUUUUGUUCUUCGUUUAGUGGAUAUGUGA